CAAUCAUCGGCUCGAAGGACGACAACAUCCCGUGCGGUUCAAAACGGAGAAAUCCCAGCCGCACGACGACGCAAUCCCCGAAUUCCAAUCGUGAUCCGGUGGGCGACCGGAUGUAGCGGCGCCUGUCGGAGAUCCCAAGCCCGCAGCGACCGCGGGAAGCUUCGAAUCUUCCUCCCGAUUGCCGUCUGUCCGAACCUUCGACCGCUCCUCGUCCUACUACAAAGGGAAGGGAUCGCCGGAUCAGCGGGUUGUUUGCCGCCCUCGAUUUCGUCGUUUUGUCGGGGCUUUUUCCCGGCGUUCGAUCCAUGAGGGGCGGGAUUCGGCGGCGGCUAUGGCCGUUGUUGUCCAUCGCCGGGUGGUUCUUGGGGCUGACCGCCGUCGUCUCGAGGUCGGAGAGCUCGGAGGUGUCGGUGCCGAGGCCGUGGGACAGGGGAUUGGCUCGCUUGCCCGUGAGGUCCCUCAAGUCUAUUCAGCCAAAUCAUGACACUGCCCUAGUUGCUGCCCUAGAUGGGACAAUACAUUUGGUGGACAGUGAAUCUAGGAGGGUUAUCUGGUCAUUCACAUCAGGACCUCCCAUCUACUCUUCAUAUCAGGCUCCAAUUAACCAAGAUAACGAGAAUGAAAGUUCUUCUGGACCCAACAGUGGUUACUUUAUAGACUGUGGUGAUGACUGGGAGCUGUAUAUGCACAACGAGCACUUUGGGAAAAUGAAACUGGGGAUGAACAUUGACGAUUUCAUAAAAAAUACACCAUUGGUAUCAGAGGAUGGAUCAGUUACACUUGGAUCUCGGAAAAGCACGGUGUUUGAAGUCAACGCUUUGACUGGAAGAGUUAUACGUACUUAUGGUUUAUCGGAUUUUCCAUCUACGUCUCCAAAUGAUAUAGAAGAGACUGCUUUACAUGAUAAAAGUGCCAAUGAUUUGGCAGAAUCGAACUCUGAUACUGCUCAGCCGCGUCUGAAAAUUAUGAGGACAGACUAUUCUCUGCAAUCAUUUGCUGCAAAAUCCAACGAAGUAUUGUGGAAUGUGUCCGUGGCUGAAAUAGGGGCUGCCUUACUCUGUCGAGGUGAUGAUAAUCCUUUCAGCGGAUCUCCUGUCGACUCAAGAUAUCAACUUGGUCUGGAAUCUGAAAAUUCCAUUACAAUGCCACUCUCUUGUCAGUCAAGAGCUCUUGUCUACCGCUUUCGCUAUCCUGAUAUGUAUGAUACGUUUUCUAGGCCUCAGCUUCAUGAUGGGAGGCAACUUCCAUCUCCUAGUCCAAAACAACUACUACUACCUUCCCAGCAUGAAAUCGAUCAAUCAUUGAACUUUCAGCUUGAAAAUCCUUCUUCAGAGCUCAUGCUUCCUCCACAAACAAAGAUGGACGGUAUGUUGAAUUCGUAUGAUGGUAACGCUGCUGGGGUUAUAUUGCCAUUGCCUGCACCAGAGAUCCACAAAUCGAUAGUUGUUCCUCAGGAUAACAAUGCUACCGUUUAUGCUGAUGUUUCACGUAAUAUUUCUUCUGAGCGGUCAGCGACUUUAUAUGUUAUAUUAGCGGUCUUUAUGGCGGCUGUUGGUUGGUUUGUCCGCCGUUAUUUUCAAGUACCAAAAGAACAGGCUAAGGAGCUCGGUGAUUCUAGUUUGAAAACACCUUCCAAGAGGAAGAAAAUGCGCAAGUCCGGAAAGAGUAAUGGAAGUCUUGACAGAAAGGAGAAUCAUGUCUCUUCAGAAAAUGAAGGCGGGCUUGACAAUAGUAGGAGCAAUGAUGACGCAUGGAUGAAACUCAAUAACAACCUUCUUGAGGAUGGCAUUGCAGGGCGUAGGAUUGGAAAACUCCUCGUAUUAAGUUCAGAAAUUGCGAAGGGAAGUAAUGGGACCAUUGUCCUUGAGGGCAUCUAUGAAGGUCGACCUGUUGCAGUGAAACGCCUCGUGCAGGCUCAUCAUGAUGUUGCCUUGAAAGAGAUUCAGAAUUUGAUAGCAUCUGACCGACAUGCAAAUAUUGUCCGGUGGUAUGGAGUGGAGUACGACCAGGAUUUCGUGUAUCUUGCUUUAGAACGUUGUACUUGCAGCUUGGAUGAUUUAAUUCAAGUACAUUCAGAUUCUUCAAAUAACUCCGUCUUCCCUAAUGAUCCAGCAUCAAUGGUUGAAUAUAAAAUCAAAUUGGAUUCGGUUAGGGGUACAAUACAAGAUGUUAACUUGUGGAGGGCCGAUGGUCAUCCCUCACCUUUGCUAGUGAAACUGAUGAGGGAUGUGGUAUCAGGACUUGUCCAUUUGCAUGACUUGGGAAUAAUUCAUCGGGACUUAAAGCCUCAAAAUGUCUUGAUUACAAAGAAUCGAUCAUUAUGUGCUAAGCUAUCUGAUAUGGGCAUUAGUAAACGCCUUCAUGGAGAUAUGUCUUCCUUGGGAUAUCAUGCCACUGGUUGUGGAAGCUCAGGGUGGCAAGCACCUGAACAGCUUCUUCAUGGGCGCCAAACACGCGCUGUAGAUGUGUUUAGUUUAGGCUGUGUCUUGUUCUUUUGCGUCACUGGUGGAAGACAUCCAUUUGGUGAACGUCUAGAACGUGACAUCAAUAUCGUGAAGAAUAAAAUGGACCUGUUCUUGGUGGAAUUCAUUCCAGAAGCUGUGGAUCUAUUCUCGCAUUUACUAAACCCUGAUCCUGAAUUGAGGCCAAAAGCACUGGAGGUGCUUGACCAUCCAUUAUUUUGGAGUUCAGAGAUGAGACUGUCCUUUCUUCGCGACAUCAGCGAUAGAGUAGAAUUGGAAGAUAGGGCAACCAAUUCAGAUCUUUUGAGAGCAUUGGAGAGCACUGCGCCUGUGGUUUUUGGUGGGAAAUGGGACGAGAAAAUAGAACCCGAAGUUAUGGCUGACAUAGGUAGAUUUAGGCGCUACAACUAUGGUUGUGUCAGAGACUUAUUGCGAGCCGUGCGUAAUAAGUUGAGCCACUACAGAGAACUUCCGGAAAAAGUUCAGGAGCUCUUCGGACCGGUUCCUGAGGGUUACGACAAUUACUUUGCUAAGCGAUUUCCGAGACUCUUGAUCGAGUCAUACAGGGUGGUGUCCAAGUUCUGCAAAGAAGGAAUGCUUUCAGAAGUACUUUCGAAGUGAUGCGCUUUGAACCUUCGGCCACUUCACCGGUGAUCAAAAUGGGCUCAUUUGCAAGUUUGCAAUGAUGUAAGUGGAUGGCGGGAGCAGAUAGACAGUCUGUACAAAAGCAUGUAAAGUAGUAUGUGCCAGUAUAAUACGUAUACACGAUAAACUCAUAUAAUUAACUUAAUGAACAUUCAUGUUCCAAUUU